AUGACGAACCUUUCCCAAGACGAUCGAAACACCAUCGAAAAAUACCCUUUCAACAAUUCACUUGAUCAUUUAGAAGACUUGCUUCAAGAUACAGAGAAACUCUACGAAACAUGUCCAAUUUCUUAUGAUGGUGCCGUGGAUGGCCUUGAUGAGGCCUGUCAAAAAACAGGUACAGAAGCAGCUUUUGCUCUUCAGUCAGGGACCAGCGCUCGUAACAUAGCAGCAGAAAUAGCGCUUCUUUUUGAACGUGUUCAGAGAGGCGACUUCAGCUACACCCAGUACCGCCCGCUGGUGAAGCUUGUCAUCCAAAAAGCAUCCGACGUUGACAUCUGGGAUGCCGUCAUUAGCCUUAUUACAGUUAUCUCACGCACUACCCCUCCUCCUCGCUCUACCGUGUCCCUCCAACAGACGCCAUGGCUGCGCAACACGAGCAGUUUCGCCAACUCGUCAGAAUACCGAAAGCACAUUGACGCUAUACUGAAAGAGGAGCUUGGAGACCUUCAUGUGGAUAUCCCAGGUUUCCUCGAAGCUUAUUUCGGAAACAUCUCAAGUCUGGAUUCCAUCGCACAAGCCGUCUUGGAUACAUGCAAGACAGGAGAUGGGCCUCUAUAUAAUGAAGAGAGAGGGUGGAGGGACUGGCCACAGCAUGCAGUGGAAGAGGAGGUGCUAAAGUGGCUGGCAGAUAUUAUUGGACAGCUUGUACAGUUUGCAGAGUCACAUAACUCAGUUCAAAAAAUCAGUCGGAGGCCUCUUGCACAGCCCACUCGGCCUGUAGAGGGAUCUAUUGCCACACGGAAACUUGAUAUUGGCUUUGUUGACGAUCCAAAUGCAACCGAAACCUCCAAGUGCCACUGGUCUCGGAUUCUUAUUCCAGGGGAGCUGAAGAACGAUCCAAAGUAUGAUAACCCCUCAAGUGCGUGGCUUGACUUGGGAAGGUAUGCCAGAGAGGUCAUAGCGGCUCAGGAUUCACGUUGUUUUGUUCUGGGCUUCACUCUUUGUGGGCCGUUCCUCCGCCUGUGGUUAUUCGAUCGCCUAGGAGGGAUAGCUUCAGAGAGCUUUAACAUCAACACGGACGGUCUCCGCUUUGUAACCGUCAUUCUCGGGUUCCUCUUAAUGAGCCCUGAGCAGCUUGGAUUCGACCCCACUAUAUUCACUGUUGGAGAUAAACGUUGCAUUGAAUUUGAGAAGAAUGGUAUAAAGGAAAGACUUGUUAUUGACAAGCUAAUCGGGCGUGCGCGCUGUAUUGCCGGCCGAGCCACAACCUGUUGGAAGGUAUAUCGCGAGGACGAGCCACAAAUUCCUUUAGUGGUCAAGGACUCAUGGCAGUAUCCAGAGCGUGAUGAGGAAGGGGAGCUUUUACGUGAAGCAACAGAGAAGGGGGUCAUCAAUGUUGCUAGAUACUAUCAUCACGAAACUGUCCGCAUCAACGGCAAUUGUGACGAUGUCUUAGGCAUUCGAAGGGGCCUUAGCAUUCCAAUAUCAAAAAGUGAGCAGGGUGCGAAAUCAACCACAAGCCGGAGUCGGUCCCGCCGGGGUCAAAAGGAACACCAUAGCGCCCUUGGGCAGAAAAGGUCUUCUAACAGUGUGGACGCUCUGCCUCCUCCCCCCAGCAAACGUACCAAGUCAAGCUCUUCAACUAAACCCCCUACAAACAGCACCCCACUAAAUCGGGUACACCGCCGCGUCGCUGUCCAGGACUAUGGGAAGCCUAUCUACGCGAGCAGCUCAAGGGUGGCCCUACUUGCUGGGCUGGAGGGCUGUAUCAAAGGGUAUGAUUCCCUCUAUCAGAAUGCUGGGAUGAUUCAAUGUGAUAUUUCCCCACGAAACCUGCUGGUGAAUGAAGAAAAUGAUAAUCCGUCCUGGCGGGCUUUCUUGAUCGACCUCGACCUCGCGAUCAGAGUGGAACGAGAUGGCUUCUCCGGAGCGCGAGGUAAGACCGGCACUAGGGCGUUCAUGGCUAUCGGUGUACUCAAUGGUGAAAAGCAUUCCUUUAUGCAUGAUCUCGAAUCAUUUUUCUGGGUGCUCUUCUGGAUAUGCAUCCACUACGAUAGCCCUAACAAAGGCAAAAGAGUACCGCGCUUUGAAAAAUGGAAUUAUAUGGACACUAUUGAGUUGGCGGAUGCGAAGAAGGGAGUGAUAAGUGAUGAAAGUGACUUUCUUACAACUGCUGCGGAGAAUUUCACGCCCUAUUAUCAACCCCUUGCCUCUUGGGUCAACCGACUACGCCGGGUUGUAUUUCCUGAUGGUGCGCGGUGGAAGAAACCGAACCCAAGUUUAAGUAUAGAGAUGAUAGACGUACUUCGGCGGGCACAAAGCGAUUUGAAUGUCAGAGACUAG